AUGGAGAAACGAAAAGGCUACAAGACAACGCCCAUGUUGGCACUCUCGGUGGUGAAAGCCAACGGUGAUCUGGUUGGCACCUUUCACGAGCCGCCAGACUCGUUGGUCCUGCAGCUCCAGCAAUCCAUCCACGCGCGUGGCGGACCGGCGCCGCCCUUCCAACGUCUCCUGUGUGGCCCUCGGGAGCUUGGCGCCACGGAGUCCCUUUCUUCGCUGCGCGAGGAGGACACGACCUUGCAACUGCUGGUGGUGGUGCCGGAAGGACGACCCUGUGACGUGAGGUGGUUGGAGGUCCAGCACACGGACCAGCUGUUAGAAGAACUGCAGGUCGAGUACGUUGAAGAAGGAAGGUCAAAGAGACUUAUGCCAGAGCAGCGGGUGGCGGUUGUAGGCUUGGAGCCAGACACUGGGCUCUUGAUCUUGGUGGGCACUGGCUUUGAGGAGAAUACUCCAGAGGGAGGUAAGGGCUUCCGCAAAGGCCGCAAUCACAAUCGAGAGGAUUGUUGGGCGCCAGAAGGCUACAACUUUGUGGAGUCAAAGAUGUUGGUGCUUCCUUCGACUGGAGGGCAGGCACCCUUCGGGGUGCCCUUGGACAAGGAUCAUGUGCUUCGAAGCGCGGUCGAGCUGCAGGUGGUGGAAAGCGCGCGGGGCUAUCCAAUGCCAUCCAUGGGUGUGGCAGUGGCCAUGGUGCGUGAAGACGGCUAUGGCCCUGACUGUCGUAUGUCACUGGUGGUCUUUGAGGCGGUUCCGCAAUUCCUUUCCGAGACUCGCUAUGGCCUCGACUCUCAGGCCUUCUGCUUGGAUCGCCCACAGCUGCGCGCCCUCUGGGCCCAGCCCAACCGGAGCGGGUCCUUGGAGCUGCUGGCCGCGCCGCUGCGAAGCGACGGCGAUCGAGCGGCAGAAGUGGUGGCCCUCCUGCCAGGUUCGGCGCGGGUGACGAGUCUUGCAAAGACAGUGGAAAACAUUCUGAUCACAAGAGCGGGAUUUCAUAGCAUUGAAGUGUAUGGUUUGGAUGGGAGCUGGUGCUUUAGCAUUGGAGACCCGCGCUGCAGGGGCUGCCAAGAUGGAGCACGAGCAGAUGUGCGGUUUUGGUUUCCGGUGUGGACAGAGCGCUUGGUUUGCUCGGCCUAUGGCAUUGUGCGCAAAGAUUCUUCACCCCUCAUCGUGGGGGGUGCUGGGAGGAUUUUUGUGUAUAGUGGCGGGGUUCUCAUGAAGCUGGCGGAGGAUUUGUCUGUGGCUGAAAAGGUGACCUCGGUGCGCGAGGAGUUGUGGAUGAUAGAUGGAGAUGAAGGAACACCACAAUUUCCAGAUGUGUGUGCUGUGGUUGGCAUUCAUGAUGGUUACUUGUACCGGAUCCUGUGCCGGACAGACUAUCGCGAGGAGGUGAUACUUCGCCGCUUGAAGUGCCAGGACACCCUACGCCAGGGCCGCAGUGCUGUGCGGCGGAGGGCACCCAUGAUUUGGCCCAUGCUUACGCAGGACAAAGUCUUGGUCGCAGCACAUGAGGUGAAUGUGCGCCCGACUUAUUACAACGAGGAGUCCCGAGAUGUUUGGGAUGGCAACAACCGGUGGCUUCGCGAGACCUGGCUUUGGGACGCGGAUCCCCGUGGUCGGCCGCCAGAGGCCAAGGAGCUCCGCAUGGACAGCAUGGGGCAACUCCGACUGCCACGGAUGAACAGCGGGUCUUUGAGUCCUGCUUGGAAGGAUGCUCAACUGGAUUUUCAGUGGCAGAUGCAACCCCUAUCUUUGACGAUUGACACUGGAGUUCCACCGGAGAGUUCCAUGGCCGACAGCUACGGGCACCUUCAAUGGAGGGGAAUGUCGAGCUGGGGACGCACUACCGGUCCUACCGCACCAUGA